AUGGUCGCCAUGGAAGGAGGUGGUGGAGGGAGGCUGCUGCUCCGCGUUCUCAUCGUCUGCGCUGGGGCGCUGAUGGCGGCCGCUGCGGAGGGAGGCGGCGGCGGCGGCGGGGACACGUCGGUCGUCUUCGUCGUCGGCAUGGCCCAGUGCGCCGGCUGCGGGAGGAAGAGCUUGGGCGCCGAGGCGGCGUUCAGGGGCCUCAAGGUCGCCAUCACGUGCAAGAACGAGAGCAAGGCCGUCGCCAGCCUCGACGGCACGGGCGCGUUCGAGGUGCUCCUCCCGGCCGACGCCGGCGCCUCCGAGUGCCUCGCGCAGCUCCAGAGCGCGGCGAGCGGCGCGCCGUGCCCCGGGCAGGAGCCGUCGAGGAUCGUGCCGCUGCUGGCCGAGGGCACCUUCGUCGCCGUCGCUGGCAAGGCGGCGCGAGGUGGGACGUCGGCGGCGCCCGAGUGCGCGGCGGCCAACAUCUGCUUCCCGUGCCACGCGUUCGGCAGGAAGCCCUUGUUCGCGCACCGGCGCAUGAAGCCCAUGCCGGUGUACGCUCCGCCCGUGUACGGGACGCCGGUGCCGGCGUGCCUUUGCACCCCUACCCCGGCCCCGGGGUGCCAGUGCCCUUCUGCCAUGCCGGUUUACGGGACGCCCGUGCCGGAAUACUACCCGCCUCCAGCCCCGGAGUACGGGACGGCGACGCCGGUGUAUGCUCCGCCAGUGUACGGGACGGCGACGCCGGUGUAUGCUCCGCCCACCGUGCCCGUGUACGGUACGCCGACGCCCGUGUAUGCUCCACCGGUGUACGGGACGCCGACGCCCGUGUAUGCUCCGCCCACGGCGCCCGUGUACGGGACGCCGACGCCGGAUUGCCCUCCUGAGGCGCCAGAGUACGGGACGCCGACGCCCGUGUAUGCUCCGCCCACGGCGCCCGUGUACGGGACGCCGACGCCGGACUGCCCUCCCGAGGCGCCGGAGUACGGGACGCCGACGCCGGUGUACGCUCCGCCCACGGCGUCGAGAUGCCUGUGCACGCCUACUCCAGAGCCGGGAUGCCAAUGCCCUUCCACGAAGCCGGCGUACGGGACGCCGACGCCGGUGUACGCUCCGCCCACGGCGCCGAGAUGCCUGUGCACCCCGACCCCGGAGCCGGGAUGCCAGUGCCCCACUCCAACCCCCACGCCGGUCUACGUGGCGCCGCCGACGCCGCAGCUCCCUCCCCCCACGCCGGUGUACGGGACUCCAUCGCCGGUAUACGCUCCACCGACGGCGCCCGUGUACGGUACUCCAUCCCCGAGAUGCCUCUGCACCCCGACCCCCGCGCCGGGGUGCGAGUGCCCUGCUCCCACCCCCACGCCAGUCUACGGCACGCCAGCACCGACGACGUACCCUCCUGCCGCUCCGGCGUACCCACGGCCGGCGCCGGAGUACGGAGCGCCGCCGGCGCCAGAGUGCCCGCCAGAGUACGGCACGCCCAUCUACACUCCUCCGGGCCACCAGUAG